CACCCACGCUCGCACUUGUGCUACUACUACCAAUCACCUCACUGCAUUUAAUUGUUUCUUUAUUCGCCCGCUAUUAUAGUUCUAAUCAUCAUCAUGCCCCGAAAGACAAAGUGCGAUACUGCUACUACUACAACGUUAUUGGUCUACUCUGGUGCUCAAUUGUUUCCCAUUACUACCUAAUCCCAAUCCUCGUGUGAAUCCCCACAGAUGUUGCAAGAACAAUGGCUUUUGAAUGACAUUAUGCCGUCUGUACUUGAACGUUUAAAAUCCCAGUUGGAGACGAGCUUAAACAUUCUGUCAAAACAAAGUAAAACCGAUUCUUUGCCACUGUCAUCUACCAAAAACGAGUCGCUGAAGGGAUACAUCUCGUUGAGCGGCCCGUAUAUCACAAAAGCAGAACUCACGGUGCGGUUGGCUAAUCAUCAAGACACCCAGUCCAAGGCGAUGAUCACUCCAGCCUAUCCAUAUUUCCUUGAACAAAUUCAGCAAGGCAAUAAUUACAUGAUAUUGGCUGCCGAAUGUAUCAUGUCCACAACACCGUCCUUGUUGACAAAACAAACCAUGGUCGAACUGCUUGAGACAGUACGUCAGUAUACAGAUCGAGCGAGGCUUACAUUUGAAUAUCCCAGCGAAACCGAAUUGUUCCCGUAUAAGGUUUGCCACCCUAAACAUUUUACGCCACCGCUCAAAGAAGAUCUGGUGAUUGAAUUCUGCGUCCAGGAUAUCUAUGUGGUUUGUAACACGUUUGGUCUCAAAUUUGCAACACAUCACAAUGAUCCACAAGCGUCAUGCGUUGCGUACAAGGACAAGACUGCUUGGAUUGUAGAUCAAUCACGAACACAAACACAGUCGCCUAUGCUUACAGAACUCAAGACAUCGCUUCGAUCCAUUCGUGAAACAUGCCAGACAUACCGCCACAUGCUGUUGCAAACUAACGAGCAUAUGUGAUAACGACAACACAAUGAUACAUCUGUAAUGCGUGGGGUAGAGGAAACUGAACAAAAUACUCUCAAUAUAUGCACCAAUUCGGACGAUGUCCUGCAUAACUGUUUGGUCCUACCCCCUUUUAAAUAAAACUUUUUUCUGACAGCUCUCAAAAGAAUAAGAAAAAGUCUCUUUUCACCCCUUAUUUCUCUCUCUUUUUCUCUCUUUUGUAUAUACCAACCUACUAAUCUA